GAAACCCCGCCUCCGGCCCAGGCUGCCCCGCCCCCGCCCCAACCCAUCAUUAUCAACAACAACACCUACCGCGAUCACUCUUCUGACGAGUCAUCCGACUCUGACUAUGAUCGCCAUAAGAGCCGCAAUCGACGCCAGAUGGUCCGCCGCCGCCGCCCAUCAUCCUCUAGCCCCAGCGACCGCUCGCGUUCCCGUAACCGAACGCGAGAAGACUACGAGGCAGAGGCGGCCCGCCAACAACUGGAGCGGAUACGCUUCGACCAGGCGCGCGAUGAGGAGAAGCGCCGGCUUGCAAGAAUGUACCGCGACCAGGGCGACUUGGAGCGUGCCAAGAAGGAGCUGGACGACAUCAAGGCGCGCGAAGAGCAGAUGCGCAUAAGCCAGGCGCACAAUGAGGAAAAGCAUCGGCUCGAAAAAAUGUACCGCGACCAAGGUGACUUGGAGCGAGCCAAGAAGGAGCUGGACGACAUCAAGGCACGUGAAGCAAAGGAAAGAGAGGAAAAGCGCAUCAAGCAGGAGCUUGAGCACAAGCGCCUGCAACAAGAGGCUGAGGAAGCCGAGAUAGCGGCUCUUCGCAAGAAAGAGGCCGAGCGCGCUGUGGAGAAAUACAAGCAGGAAGAGGCGAAGCGGAAGGCCGAGGAAAAGGCUGCGAAAGAGCUCGCGGAGAAGGAGUAUCAACGCCGACUCCAAGAACAACUCCUCCACUCUGGAGUUGACGAGAAAGCAAUCGCAGCGAUCAUGAAGAAGGAGAAGAUUGCCGAGCCCAAGCCCGAACCUGGCCCGGCUCCGGCUCCAGCUCCAGCCAAUCAGCUUGCUCGCCCAACCUACACGCGCAUGUCCCGCCGGCAUCUCUCUUUUGAAACCCUGAGAGCAUUUGAGCUUGACUGGGACAUGGAUGCAGAUCCGGAAUACGUCCUCAUCAAGCGUUGGGUCCCAGAAUGGGAGCAAAACAACAUGUGGAAGCACACACGGGCUCUCCGUCACAAGCGUGGCAAGGAUGAGCACCACCACCAUCGGGAGGAGUCAUAUGAGUUUGUGAGGAAGAAGAGCCACUCCCGCAGGAGAAGCAAGUCUCCAGGCCUCCUCAUGUUCCUAGCCGGUGGCCGCCCAUGA